CUCCUUCAGAAAUCCGGCUUAUUCAGCUGAGUAAGGGGAUGAGUGUCUGAAUUUAUGAUUACCAAGUAUCAUAAUAGAUAAACGUUUUUUUGUUCUUGUUUGUGUUCAGUAUUCGAGAGGAAUUAUGAAAGAGAGCGUUGCGAAGCGGCGGGAGAAGGGAAAGGGGGAGAAAGAGAAGGAGAAGGAGAAGGCGAAGGACGUCGCCGGCGGCCCCGAGCCGCAGGAUGUGGAGAUGACCGAAGAGGAGGCCGCUGCUGCCGCCGCCGCCGCUGCGGGGAAGACGAGCCGGGAGCUGGACGCGUCCACACUGGAAGAUAUUAAAGAGCAUGUCAAGCAGAUCGAGAAAGCGGUGGCGGGGAAGGAGCCUCGCUUUGUGCUGCGGGCCCUUCGUGCUUUGCCUUCUACCAGCCGAAAGCUGAACGGAAACGUGUUACACAAGGCCGUCUCCGGAUUUUACACCUCUAAUGCUGCCAGCAAGGAAUUCCUGCUUAACUUUUUGGAGGAGCCUAUGGACACAGAGGGUGAAGUCCAGUUUCGGCCACGGACAGGCAAGGCAGCCGCUGCCCCGCUCCUCCCGGAAGUGGAGGCCUACCUGCAGCUACUGCUGGUUGUGUAUCUCACAAACAACAAGCGCUAUACAGAAGCCCAAAAGGUGUCAGAUGACCUUCUUCAAAAGAUCAGUUCUUUGAACCGACGAGCUUUGGACUUAGUGGCGUCCAAAUGUUACUACUACCACGCCCGUAUUUAUGAGUUUCUUGACCAGCUGGAUGCUGUCCGCAGUUUCCUACACACUCGACUGAGAACAGCUACGUUGCGCCAUGAUGUUGAUGGCCAGGCCACGCUGCUCAACCUGCUGCUUCGCAACUAUUUGCAGUAUAAUCUGUAUGACCAGGCAGAGAAGCUUGUGUCCAAGUCUGUCUUCCCUGAGCUGGCCAACAACAAUGAGUGGGCUCGCUACCUCUACUACACCGGUCGCAUCAAAGCUAUUCAGCUGGAGUAUUCUGAGGCUCGGAGAACCCUCACUAAUGCCCUGAGAAAGGCGCCCCAGCACACUGCCGUGGGCUUCAAGCAGACGGUGCACAAGCUCCUCAUCGUGGUGGAGUUGCUGCUUGGGGAGAUCCCAGACCGGCUGCAGUUCCACCAGCCUUCCCUUAAGAGAUCACUUAUGCCCUAUUUCCUGCUCACUCAGGCUGUUCGGACUGGAAACCUGGCUAAGUUCAACCAGGUCCUUGAACAGUUUGGAGAAAAAUUCCAGAUGGAUGGCACAUACACACUGAUCAUCCGCCUGCGACACAAUGUAAUUAAAACAGGUGUGCGAAUGAUCAGCCUGUCUUACUCUCGCAUAUCACUUGCUGAUAUUGCCCUUAAACUGCAGCUGGACAGCCCAGAAGAUGCAGAGUUUAUUGUAGCCAAGGCUAUCCGCGAUGGUGUGAUCGAGGCUAGCAUCAAUCAUGAAAAGGGUUACGUCCAAUCUAAAGAGACCAUGGAUGUCUAUAGCACCAGGGAGCCGCAGCUUGCUUUCCAUCAAAGAAUCUCCUUUUGCCUUGACAUCCACAAUAUGUCUAUCAAGGCAAUGCGAUUCCCUCCAAAGUCAUACAGUAAGGACCUUGAAUCUGCAGAGGAGCGUCGGGAGAGAGAGCAGCAGGAUCUGGAAUUUGCCAAAGAGAUGGCCGAGGAUGACGAUGAUGGAUUUCCAUGAGCCCUUUGCAAUGAACACUUCCAUCAUGUGUACUGUCAGCCCUCAACACUCUCAUGUUGCCGUAUGGGCUUCGCUGAGUUAUUGCAAGAAAAUGUAUAAAUGCCAUUUCAUCAGGUAUUUUUCGUAAACCCUAAUAAAACACAACAAAUGUG